AUGGGGUUCUUAUCCUUCGAGAUGGUGAUUUCGAUCGUCGCGAUUCAGAGGGCUUCGGUCGAGCGUGGGUCCAGCCGGAGGAGCUUGCCCAAGAACGACUGCGCUGCGACGCCUACUGGCGUUUCACGAGUAAGUACCGGUGGAGGCAGAAGCAAGACCUCGACUCGUGCAGCAUGUUGGCAAUGGCCUGACCUGCGUUUUGCUGCUGGAAAGGCUGAGACCGGGUACAAUGGAAGAGCCACCACGAUGCUCGGUUGA